UCGUUGAUAAAGCCUGUGAUUUCUCUCUCCAUGACUCCGCCCGAAGCGAGCAAAGACUCUGCUUGGUUUUGGUCCUGGGUCUCUACUUCGUAUCCAAAUUGAUCGUGGCGUCUAGUCUUCAAGAUGCGCUUCCUGUCGCUGAGGGAUUUGGAUCAGACGGAGGGCACAGUGCAGCUGCAGAAAACAUCCACCGACGACAAUGGGAAAACUAACAUCGUCCUCGUCCCCGCGCCUUCGAGAACCGAUCCAAACGAUCCCCUCCGCUGGCCACGAUGGAAGAAGCACGUGGCAUUUACCUCCGUCUGCGCCUUCACCUUCCUGACCAACUACGCCAUCGGCGGCCUAGCCCCAGCCUUCUACAUCCUCUCCAUCGAAUUCUCGCAGACCAUGACCUCAACCUCGCACCUCCUGCUGUACCCAAUUCUCGUGCUCGGGCUGUUCAAUUUCUUCUGGGUGCCACUAGCGAACUACUUCGGGAAGCGCCCCGUCUUCGUGUUCGCGUCACUGCUCUUGUGUCUCUGCUACGUAUGGGGCGCCGUCGCAACGAGCUUCAAGAGCCUGCUUUGGUCCAACAUCAUCGCGGCCUUUGCGGGGUCGUCCACGGAAGCACUCGGUGCCGCAAUCGUCAACGACUUGUAUUACCUACAUGAACGUGGGUCCAAAAUGGGAAUCUAUAUGAAUGCCAUUUCGGGUGGUAAUACCCUCGGCCCUUUGAUUUGCGGCUUCGUCGUUCAGAGCCUCGGAUGGCGUUGGCAUAAAUGGAUUGCUGUUAUUCUUACUGCCGUGAAUUUCGUCGCCGUUCUCCUCUUCGUGCCUGAAACGAGGUACCAUCGCGAUGCGACGACACCAGGUAUCAGCAACAAUAUAUCGGCCUCGACAUCGGAAGAGGCGGUUGAUAUUGAGAAAGCCGUAUCUACGGGUGUGACAGCAAUUCGGCGCACAUCCGACGAACAGAUUCCCCAAGUGCCCAAAAAGACCUUCGCCCAAGACUUGAAGCUCUGGUCAGGAACGCCUCCUACGAAUCUUUUCAAGAUGUUCAUCAGGCCGUUUCCAAUGAUAGCGUAUCCAGCCGUCAUCUACUCAUUCCUAUGCUAUUCGAUUUCGCUUGUCAUAGUGGUGGCGGUCAACAUUCUGAAUUCAUUCGUGCUACAAGCUCCUCCUUAUAAUUGGAGCCCGCAGAUCAAUGGCCUUAUCAAUAUCCCUGGCCUUCUGGGUAAUCUCUUUGGCGCAUGGGCUGGCGGUGACCUUGUCGACAUGUGGUGCGCCUGGCGAACCAAGAAAAACAAGGGUAUCUUUGAGCCCGAGAGCCGCUUAUACCUGCUCAUCAUCCCGUUCUUCUUGACGUCUGCGGGUUGCGUGCUUUUCGGCUAUGGCGUCCAGAACACAAUGUCUUGGGUGGCACUCUUCUUCGGAUAUGGCAUGAUAUCUGUCGCACUGACAGCAACGCCGACGAUAACCAUGGCGUAUGUCAGCGACUGCGCACUACCGGUUAACUCAGACGCUUUAUUGCUUGUGAAUGGUCUGAAAAACGUGGUGGCAUUUGGCUUUCUGUAUGGUGUCGUACCCUGGGUAGAGGAGGUAGGAUAUGUUGAUUGCUUCGGAACGAUGGCGGGGAUCUUUGUAGCUAUUGUUGGCAUCGGCGCGAUGCUGCUGAUCUUGUACGGUGCGAGGGUACGCCACGCUACUGCGAAAUGGCAAGUGAUCCUGGAUUAGCCACAUCAGAAGGUCAGAAACGGGAAAGGACUAUUUCAGAAUGGGAGGAAAGG